AUGCAGGUCGGUAGUGGCUUUAUGGUGCAGGGGUUCCGGCGAUUCGACCUUUUCCAAAAGUUCGAUCGAAAAUUCGAGGUCGAUGCCCGCCAGCGGACGAUCUUGGGUGGGCUUUUCUCCGUUAUAUCUCUAAUCAUCAUUUCGGUGCUCAUCGUUAGUGAAACGCGGUAUUUCCUGUCAUCCCGCACGACGCAGGAUAUGCUGGUGGAUUCCACGGUCGGGGGCGACAUGCCGAUCUCCCUGAACCUCACCUUCCACCGCAUCCCGUGCGAUUUCCUCGUGAUCAACUCGAUCGACGCGCUCGGCGUGCAUAUGGAUCACAUCACCGCGAAAGCGGUGAAAAGACGCGUGGAGCCCGAUACGACGCGGCCGAUUGGCGAGGCGGCGAGGAUCCCGAACGACGCCGCGUUUCAAAACCCCUCUCGAGAAGUUGGAAACCCCAAAUGCCCCUCCUGCCACGGUGCCGAGUUGUAUGAAGGACAUUGUUGUUUCACCUGCGAUGAUGUGCGUAACGCGUAUGAACAACGACGAUGGCGAUUCGACGUGAAGAAUCCGACGUUCGUGCAGUGCGUGGCGGAGCGCAUGCGGCUCGCCGCCGCGCUCUUGGCGAAAGAAGGCUGCAACAUCCGCGUAGAGCUCUCCGUUGCGAGGGUACCAGGGGUCCUCCAGUUCAUUCCUGGUGAACUUCACACCACCUUUCUCGGCCUCCCGAGGAUCGAUUUGGGGGAUGAGGGGUUUCAAACCCUCAACCUCAGCCACGCGAUUCACCACCUUGAGUUCGGUGAGUCUUUUCCCGGGCAAAUCAACCCCCUUACUGGGAUUGAACAGAUCCGAGGGCGGGAGACUGAUACCGGUGCGAAACGUUUCGUGAACGGUCGCUUUAGCUAUUUUGUAAAAGUCGUUCCCACCCGUUAUGAGGCGACCUCGUUGCUAUUUAGCACGAGCACCAUCACGGACUCCAGCCAGUACUCCGUUACCCACCACUUUACCCCUUCUUUGAAUUCGAAGGUCACCCAAAAAGAAGGGGAUUCGGCAAAACCGGAGGCCGCAGGUCGGGUGAUACCUGGGGUUUUCAUCUCGUACGAUUUAUCGCCGAUUAAAGUUCACAUCAUGCGCAGUCACCCGUACCCGUCUUUCGUGCAUUUUCUCCUGCAACUCUGUGCGGUGUGCGGGGGGGUCUUCACGGUGGCGGGCCUCAUCGACGCGAUGCUGUAUCAUAGUGUACGGAAGCUCAAAAAGCAGCGUGAAGGGAAGUUGAUGUAA